GGCUCCUAAGCGAAUCACUUAGUCCGACCGGGGAGGAUGAGGACUCGGAGGCGAAAAUUCGAGUCUUGCUGCGUCUGCCGCAAUAUGCGAUCUUGCGCCUAAUUUCUGAAUGCUGGUUGCUCAAGGAUCUCAAUAUUGCUCGAAAUCCCAGCACAUCGGACGACGAUGAUGACGAUGACGAUCAUUGCGCUGCAGGAGCUACAAAUAACCCUGCUACAAGCUGCAAACGUCCCCCCCACUCGCGUAUUUGGGAUGAACUAGCGAUACCAAAAGCAGACGAAGGCUACUUGCCGCUAGAACUAGACCUGUAUCCAGACGAGGACAUCGCGAUAUUGCCGACAGUCCUGGAGUCGAUUGCUCACGAGUUUCCGAGCCAGAUGGAAGAAGAGCUGGAGUAUCUUUUGUCGCAGCUUGAUCGCCGUGGUUUUGAAGGGGGCGCCAUAACAGCAGCAGGAGGGACGUUGAGAGUAAAUAAAGAUGCAGGAAACGUCGCUGAAGGAGAAGCCUCAAACAGAAAAUCGGAGGUUCAUGGUGAAGACUGCGAUGAAGCGCGUCACUCAACUGCACCGGAAGAUGAAAUCUUUUCGGGCGAAGAAGAAGAUGAUAAGAACAGUGUUUCCACCGCUUGCUCUAGUACUUUGACUCCGUCGUGCCCGAUACCGGUUACAACUCUGAAAAAAGGAGAACCGACUAGUUCUAGUUCGACGAGGAUGAGCCAGAAGCACGCCGUCAACUCUGCAGAGGAUAACCGAGAAGAUGUUUUGGAUCUGCUGCUCCGGACUUGGCUGCAUGAUCGCAGCUCUUCCUCCGGGAAGCGA